UAUGAGGAAACACAAGGUACAUUUUGAUUUUAAUUAAUUUCCUUUAUGAAAUGUUAUAUUUUUAAAUGAAUCAGUAAAUGUUCGACAACUUUUCUAUAUAUUUAUUUGUACCAAAAGGGGCAUUCAUAAGAAGCUUCAUUACCCCAGAUUGUUCUGUUGUGAACUUGCGACAAGCUUCACUCAAGCUUCAAACCCAUUUCGAAAUGUCUACUUCUGCAGAUAUCUAUACCAAUGGGAAUAGUCAUGAUCAAAUUCUACGUCCUAGACCACAAAAUGUCCAUAAUCCAACUAUUAUUCGAAAAAUAAGUGAAGAGGGGUUAUUACCAGUCAAUGGUAUCAAAGAUGUCUCCGAAGAUGGUAUUUCUACUGGUCCAACCAGGUAAAUCUAUCAAUCUGAACUCAUUGCUCUAUCUAACAUUGAAUAGUGGACGUACAACACCCAUUCCUGAAGAUGCGCCUCCUUCCGUUCAAUCGAUGUUCUCUGCGAAGAGACAAAUUAAAGCAGAGCAGAAACGUCGUAUUUUCCCAAUAAUCGAAUAUACCUCACGAGUCUCGCAUUUAGAUCCACAUAGCGACCAUCAUGAUUUCACAGGAUUUUAUAUUUUAUUCUGGAUUGGUCUUGCCAUUAUGGCUAUCACAACCAUGUUACGAAAUAUCAAAGAUACAGGAUAUCCUAUGAGAGUGGAGAUUUGGCAGUUAUUCACAGUAAAGGUCUGGGAGCUUGCAGUCGCAGAUGCCCUUAUGGUUGCAUCUACAUCUAUUAGUCUCCCUCUUCAUAAUUUUUUCAGAAGUAAGACGGCGAAAGCAUUAGGAUUUCAAUGGACCAGAGGUGGAAUGGUCAUACAGAGUUCAUAUCAAAUAAUUUGGAUGGCAUUUUGGGUUUCGUAAGUGCCACUGCGUGCGAAAAUGAAGCGAAACGCUGACGAGUAAUGUAGUAUACCAUUCUAUCGAGAUUGGACAUGGACGGCUCAAGUAUUUCUUUUACUCCAUACUAUGGUUUUACUUAUGAAAAUGCAUUCAUAUGCAUUUUACAAUGGUCAUCUUAGUGAAACCGAACGACGAUUACAAGAACUAGACUCUCCUGCGACUGCUUCAAAAGCUCCAGCAUAUCAAUAUCCAAGUCCAAGUCCAGGUCACAAACGAACAGCAUCAGAGAUCAGAGCUCUUACUCAAACCAAAGCUGACGAGAUUGCAACUCUUCGAGGGGAUUUAGCCAUCGAAUUGACGUCAACAAUGGGUUCAGUCACCUAUCCUAAAAAUCUCACUUGGUACAAUUAUGCCGAUUAUAUAUUUUGUCCUACACUCUGCUAUGAGCUCGAAUAUCCUCGUACGAAUGGUAUAGUCUGGUCGGAAUUGGGUUAUAAAACUCUUGCCACAUUUGGAGUCAUUUUCUUACUCACUAUCACCUCGGAAGAAUUCAUCUAUCCAGUUAUGACAGCAUCGGCAAUUAAACUUCAAAUUUCAACCUCGAUUACUGAAAAUGCACUUGUCAUUGCUGAGUCAAUCAGUUUGCUUUUGUUUCCAUUUAUGAUAACUUUCCUUCUCGUAUUUCUUGUAAUAUUUGAAUUCGUCCUCGGUGCUUUUGCCGAGAUAACAUGUGCGUAUAUCCUUAAAUAACCCAUUAGUUCCCCCUCCCCUCACGCAAAAUCUACUUGCAUCUAUCACACCUUUAUUCACCUUCCUAAAUUGCGCCAGACUAACAACAUCUUCAAUCAACAGGUUUUGCAGAUCGACACUUCUACUCUGACUGGUGGAACAGCACCGAUUGGAUGCAAUUCUCCCGCGAAUGGAAUAUUCCCGUCCAUCAUUUCUUCCAUCGUCACGUAUAUCUCGGCUCCCGCUCAUACAUUGGAAAAGGAGGAGCUACAUUUAUAACUUUCUUUAUUAGUGCCAUCGGUCACGAAAUAGUCAUGGCUUGUAUCACCAAGAAAAUUAGAGGUUACGGAAUGGUGGCCCAGAUGAGUCAACUUCCUAUUAUUUGGUUACAAAGUAGACCCUGGGCUAGAGGGAAGAAGGUGUUGAAUAAUGUGUGUUUUUGGUGCAGUAUGAUUUUGGGUUUAAGUGGCAUGUGUAGUUUGUAUGUUUUGUUGUGAGAAGGGUAGGAAGGUGAAGUGGACAGGAUGGAGUAUUUCACUUGUAUCAAGGAAGGGAAGGAAUAGGGUGUAUUACAUGGGGUCGGAGGUAUAGUGGAUGGCUGACAGAGCUUUUUAUACUGCAUAGAUGGAUACCAAUUUCUUUUAUUUCUUUUUACUCAUUGCAAAGUUAGAUACCACAAUCUUCAACCGUUGUUCCUUUUUCAUUCCUCAUUCUUCUUUCUGUCCUUUUCUUUUGUUUAUACUCCUAGAUAAUCCUUUCACUAGCAGGAAGUAAUCUUACAUACACCUUGCGAUUGUAAGAUAUUACAUUCAUCCAUACA